UUUCUGUUCCGUUAUGGGAGUGUAACUAGCAAAGGUCAUCACAACAGAAGGGAAGGAGCAAACAGAAAAACUCUUGAAGAACAACGGUGUAGAUACCUUGGAGAAACUAAAACAUCCAGAGAUAUAAAUUGGGCUACACUCUAACAUCCAAUGAACAACCCGGAUCAUGUGUGAAGUGCUCUCCAUUAGCAUGCAGGCACCUUGGGGUAAAUCUGGCCGAUAUGUGAACGCACCCCCUCCAUUUCGGAGGAGAUGAGAACCAAAAGCCCUGGGUCCCACAACCUGGAGGCAACAACAGAGAAGGCCUGAUCCCAGGUCACCACCGGAGGAACUGGUGCCACCCAAAUAUGGACCACUCUUGAUGUUCUCAGUGAGCAGUGGGGUGGGGAUUUUGUAGAGAAAGGCACUCUCUCAAGUCUCCCGGACCUAAGCCAUUCAGGAGGCAGAUGUGAAAGAAGUCCCACAAAUGGACAGUGGUCCCAUCACCGUUAAGAAGCCCAGGAUAGGAGGACUGAAGAAAAUUUGCUUUCCCCAGAAAUAUGAAUCUCUGCCUGGUUUUUCCUGUGUGGCCGGGUUGUACAGCUGUCAAUGGGACCCGCACCAGCAGAAAGAGAUUGAACCAGGGCAAUGCUGCUGCGAAAUGCGAGACAGAAUAUUUACUCCGGUGUUCGUUGCAGCCUUCUGCCUCACGUGCAUUUUCCUGUACAUGUGGGUGAAAGCAAAGAAUGACUACCAUAAUUUUGACUGGUACAACUAUAACACAUUCGGCUCCUGGUUCCUCUGGUCCAAACUCUUCUUGGUUGUAGCGGCCCUCUUGUUUUCUUACCUCUUACUCUUAUUGAUCCUAGCAAUGUGUCUGGUGUCGGCAAGCCAGCAGGUGCACAUGCACUGGAGUCAUAAGUUUGCCACGGUGUUUGCCCUGGUUAUCUCCAUUGCUGUCUUCGUAAUGAUAACUUUACUGUGGACAGAAGAAUGGAAGAUACUCCGCCUGUCGUUUCAGAUCACCUCUCCCUAUCUCCAUGUGGCUGCCAUAGUCAUUAUGGUCUUAUUCGCUUGGCCAGUGUCUUUACAUGUCAUCCAGAUGAAGAAUAAAGGUACCGUAACUCCAGGAUUUCUGCAGGUGGUGAUCCUGGGCCCUUAUCUGGCCAUCCUCUGCUUUCUUUUCUUCAUACCCCUGGGACUGUCCUCCCCCUGCAUCCGGGAGAAGGGAACUUUGGGUCCAAAGCCAGCCCUCAUUGGCCACAGAGGAGCACCAAUGGUGGCUCCUGAAAAUACAGAGAUGUCAUUUCAGAAAGCGAUUGACCAUGGUGCUGCUGGGCUUGAGACGGACGUCACAAUUAGCUACGAUGGUGUCCCUUUCCUGAUGCAUGACAAGACUUUAAAGAGGACAACGAACGUUCAGCUACUAACAUCCCACAACAUUAAUGAAAACGCUGCCAUGUUUACCUGGAAUGAGCUGGAACAACUAAACUCUGGAGAAUGGUUCUUAGAGGAUAAGCAGUUCAUGGACGCACCUGCACUCUCACCUGAGGACAAGCGUUUGGCUGAGAAUCAGUCGGUCUACAAGUUCAGCGAUUUCUUGAAGCUUGCCAACCAGGCGAACAAACUCAUCCUCUUUGACCUCUAUCGCCCACCAGUGGACCAUCCUUACCGAGACAACUGGAUCAACCGAACCAUAGAAGUGCUGCAGACCGAAUCGGGGAUUAAACCCCACUUGGUCUUGUGGCUGGAGGACAGACAGAGAUCCUACGUCCAGUCUGUAGCUCCUGGAUUCCAGCACACCUUGGGCACCACGGCCCCUGUGGAGGAACUCCAGAGCAGGAAGAUCGGGAAACUCAAUCUGGAUUACAGAGAUAUGUCCAGUGAAGAGAUCUGGAAAUAUGCGGAAGCCAACAUCACCACCAACUUCUAUGUGGUCAGCGAGCCGUGGCUAUUUUCCCUGGCGUGGUGCUCCGGAGCGCAUUCUGUUACCACCAAUGCUGUGCAUGCCCUGGGAAGUGUCACUGAGCCUUCCUUCCUCAUAACACCUGCAGAGUACAAGAGCAUGUGGAUCACAGCAGAUGUAUUAGGGGUCAUCCUUAUCGGUCUCAUCUUUGGCAUUCAGUGGUGGAGACUGAACGGUGGCACCAGCACCGUAUCCCUUGAGAAUGGAACAUACAACCAGUUUAGAACAGAACUGAACAAGAUGCCAUCUGUGGCCUAAAUGAUUGUUUGGUGCAGAGAACGGUGAGAUAAUCUUGAUGGAAGAUUCUUUCCCAUCCAAGAGUUUGGUCCUCCAUGAAGCUGCAGAUUAGGAUACAUCCUUUGUUGGCAGGAUCUAACUGGAGGAGCACAGGCACUGCUUGAAUUUUGGCGGCUACUUUUGAGCAGCAGAUCAGCUAACCCCCGAACUGCCUUCCCCUUUCUUCCCUGAUUGAAAGGCAUGGCCCCCCUUUUAAAUGUUUUUAGCAAAAGAGAGAUCCGACGCAGAUGAAUUUUGCCCGGAUAUGUCCGUUCCCUGAGUACCAGGGAUGCUGGCCUGGUCUUUGGAACCCAUUUGGAAGAAGAUGCUCAGUUUCCACCCUUUGAAGAACGUAGCAAUUUCAUUUAUUAUACUCUUAACUAGCAAGUUAUGUUAGAGAAAGGUGCUGUGUUCUACCAGGAACUCAUGUGUGAUGCUCAAGCUCUGAUAGCCUGUGGAGGAUGCCGUGCGGUGUUUGUGUGUGUGGGGAGGCUUGGUGGGGGCUUGGUGGAAAGAGGCCAGCAGAUAAUCCUUUUCCAUGUACAGCAGGGUUUCUAAUCUUGUGUCCCCAGAUGUUGUUGGGGUUAGGGUUAGGGUGGACUAUGUAUGUUGGACUAUGUUGUUGGACUGUUGUUGGACCCAUCACCUCCAGCAACUAUGGUGAACUCCAGUAUUCAUGCAACAACUUCUUGGGACUCAAGGUUGGGAAGCCCUGAUGUGUAGAAUGUCUCUUGCAAACUCAGUCACUGAUUUUUUUUAAAAAAAAUGUAUAUAAAGAAGAGCUUUAAGACAUGUUGUUUAAAAAAUGUAUUUGGAAAUAAAACCCAUCCGUGAAAGAAAA